UACUGUUAUCUUAAUACUAGAUAACAGUAUUAAGUGUGUUUAAAGUUAUAAUGUCAAAAUUGGUACAAGCAUGCUGUUAGUGUACUUCAUUUAUAUACUACACUUAAUACUUAGUAUACUUAAAAUGUACUUACACAAAUGUAAGUAUGUUUGAAAUAUACUAAAGUAUCUAUAUUUUUUGUCACUAGGGUCUGAAUGUAAACCUGACGCCAGAAAAUCGUUUGGUGUGAAAGCACCAUAUAACAUCUGGCCAUCUUUUAAAAAAAAAAAAAAAACUUUAUUUAUUAUAAUAAACAACAAUACAAUUGUACUGUGAACAAAACUCAGGAAGACAACAUCUGGCCAUCUUGACGACCGAACGUCUGGUCGCCUGAGAUCAUAAAAUAUGUGACGUCAGCGGAUAGACUCCGCCCAGUUGUUUUUGCUCCGCCGAGAGAUCCCAGCCACCUGUUUUAAACCAAAUAGUGCUGUGAUAAAGGAUGUAAGCUACUUUUUGUUUUGUUUUGGGGUUUUUUUAAAUCAGACACGUUAAUGUAGCUGAACUCGGUUUCACCUCAGGAACCGCGUCCAGCUGAGAGUGAGAGCUCUCAGCGGAAGUCAUGUUAGCUCCAGCUGAUUUUCUCUGGGGAUGUGUGUGUUUCGGUGACCAAAGAUGGAUCUCCGUGAAGUAGAACCCACACCGGAAGCCUGCGUGGACUAGGAUGCCCUCUACUCCCGUGGUAGUGGACGCUGCCGUUGUGUUGCUAGGGGCGACUGUUACUACCAUCACACACCCGCUCCUAUACGUUAAACUGCUGAUUCAGGUGGGACACGAACCUCUCCCUCCAGCUGUCGGGUCAACAAUGCUUGGAAGACCAGUUCUAUACCUGCCUGGUUUCUUCAGCUAUGCUCAGUAUGUUCUCAGAGUGGAUGGAAAGCUGGGACUCUUUCGGGGCCUCUCACCUCGUAUAGCAUCCAGCACCAUCUCUACCUUGGUGAGGGGCAAAAUUGAACGGAGGGUGCUUCAGUCCAAAAAAGAUGAGCACCAGAAUUCCUUUAGGAAAUUGGUCCAAGAGACAACACAUGAUAUGAUUUUUCGGUGCCUGUCCAGAGUGGCCACCCAUCCUUUUCAUGGCUACGCGCCCUGUUAUCAGUCCGAUAAAAGCCAAGUCAUGUCAGUGCGCUGCAUGGCCCAGUUCGUUGGCAGAGAGACCAAGUACAGUGGUGUAUUCAGUUGUAUCAUGACGAUAUUCAAGGAGGAAGGAUUGUCUGGAUUUUAUACCGGUUUUGUUCCACAUGUGCUGGGAGAAGUCCUUUUCCUGUGGUGCUGUAACCUGCUGGCCUACCUUAUCAACACCUAUGCUGUAGACGACAGCUUUAGUCAGGCAUCAACACUAAGAAACUACACAAAGUUUGUGAUGAGUAUCACACUGAGGGUCCUGACUUACCCAUUCACGCUGGUUGCUGAUGUAAUGGCCGUCAACAACUGUGGUCUGGCUGCAGGUCUUCCUCCUCGGUUUCCUGUCUUUACAUCCUGGCUGCACUGCUGGAAUCAUCUGAGUACUGAGGAUCAGCUCUUCAGAGGCUCCAGGCUCUUUUUCCGCCAGGUGCCCGUGACUCUACCGCCUUCUGUCGAAGAUUAACGUAGUCAUCACUUGCUAGGAUGAAGCAGGAAGAGAUCUCACCCUCGAACUACGUUCCAGAUAAAGUAGAAGAGGCCGUGCUGUUCAUGGUUCAUCAGGUUCUUCACAGGAUUUGGGGCCAUUCAGCCCACUGUGACCAGUCCCACCACAGCUCUGAUGUCUUCACUGCAGCAACAAAGGAUCUGCGCUGAUUCACUGGAGAAAAUGAACUGAUGGCCAUUGUGACAAUUAAGUUGUUUUUUUUUUUACAUACAUUUUUGCCUUCAUUUUACUUCCUGUGUGAUGUUCACAUGGUGCUCUGUGUUUUUUGUUUUGAGCCGAUCCAUGUCAUGUCCCUCAUUUCCGUUAUUCCUUGUCGCUCCCUGACUGUUUCCCUUCUUAAGCCUCUCUCCGUCACAACCACGCUGCCAGAUUAUCGAACGCUUUCAGCAAGUAGUUUUCCAGCACUCCCAUCUCGCCCUCAUCGUUGCAACAACGCUCUUGUUCCACGGAUUUGCCCCUUUCGCCUUGCUGUUGCCUUUUGCCCAUCUGGAUCUCGACCCACACCUGUUUUGGUUACACCGCUCACGCCCACUCCCACGGAUUCUGCUCUCUGCCCCAUCGUGUAUGACCUCAGCCCGUCCGACCAAGCAUUUGGAUCUGGAUUUGGUACUUCUCCUGGACUUCUGCUGCUUCAGAGUUAGUGCGCUGCCCUGCAUCAGCGCUUCUCCUCCCCGGUCUCUCCCUCCUGAGCCCUGCGUCAGUGGAGCAUCUGCUCUCUUCCUUGUACCUGAUCGUCAGGCCAGUGCUGCAGCUGACGAUCCAGUGUGGCCGGUCUGAGCUGUCUUUUAAUAAAUAAUCCGAGUUUUCUGCU